AAUUUGUGCGAAUCAAACAUUAAAAAGCAACAAAUCUUCCGUGUUAAAAUGUCCAAGCCUUUUGUUGGGUUCUCUGACGACGAUAUCUACAAAAUCAAGCGCCAAACAAAUGGGAAAGAUUCCGGCAAACAUAUUUCGCGACCCCACCAAAAGCCCGUGCGGUUUGGCGAAAAGAUAGCUGCACCGACAAUGGCUCAACCGAAAGAGCUCGUGAAGCCGAAUGUCACUGACAGCAGCAUAACCACCAGUUGCGUCGAUUCUAGCAUUUACCCCAAUCAUCCCAUUCAACAGGCGGUUGCUUUCAAACCGUUACCGCUGAUGAUGAACGCACCGGAAGAUGAAUCCAUUUUAAUACUGCCAACGCAGCUACCGGUGGUUACUGGUGCUACAGGAAAUUUUCGCUCUAUCGCGGAGGGAGCAACACUUACCGGAAUACCGGCUUCCACUCCAAUGGAUAGGAAUAUACCCGAUACAGUAACUCCGUUCAAGGGAAUGUCACUGAAAGACUUCGAGCAACAAAGGAGACUGAUGCAGGAACAGAACAAGCAGAAGCGGGCGAUGCUCCAGAAAACGAUAGACCAACAUGCGCAGAAGACUGCCGCAGAAGCCAGUAAACUUCAGGAAAUUAGAACAGAAUUGGCAAAAUUGGACACCGAGCUCGCGUCGGAUGUUUCGAUACUGCGAAAACAAAUUGAUGCUGCAAGUUUACAUUUUUCCAACGUGGAAAAAAACUACCUCAGUAUUGAGAACCUUUUCCUGAAGGCGAAGGUCGAACUGCAUCAGGCUCAUGAACGGAAGGAGAUGCUAACGGAGCAUUUGUGCACUAUAAUUUCGCACAAUGAAGAGCGUAAAGCGAAACGGCUUUCGGAACUCAUGGAAAAAGUAGGCCUCUCUGUGAACGGAGAUUUCGACGACACCAUUAAUACGGACGUAUCGUCCUCUCAAAUUUCGUCCACGGUUGACACACCGAAAAAAUAGUGACCUUGAGGUGCUUUGCCUUGAUGAACCAAUUUUAACGUACUAAUUCCUGUUUUCACGCUACAAGUAACCAAAAACUCAAAGAUGGAGCUGCAGCAGAGGACGUAAUCCGCUUCAUGAUCUUAUGAAAAGUCUUGCAAUAAUAUUGUACUGUUUCUUUUUAAGUUUAACUUUUAUAUGUAACUGUUGAAUAUUGUGGAAUUGUAUUUUUAGCAGAUAUUCGUUGUUUACCUUUUCCAGAGGCAAUAGUAAUUGUUCGUGCAAAUCUAUAACGGAUAUCUGUUUCUUUGACAAACAUUGUUUCGGAACAAGUUCAAUGUGUUUUAUCAACCGGUUACAAAUAUUAAAUAGCCUUCGUUCGGUGCUGAACAAAAUAUAUAUAUUCUUUUAUCUCCGAGAAAUACACUCAACUACAAACGGACAAUAAAACGUGAUAGCAAGUAAAUAAGUAUUGUAACGCAUUUUAUAUAAUUAUUCUAAUAAAAAUUUUUAUGACAUCAA